AUGUUGCAGUUGGCACUUUCGCGACAUCUUCGACACUUCACAGCCUUCACCGUUCUGAUCCUAGGAUGUGCCCAAGCUCAGUCGCAAGAGAUCUCGGCCUGCUUCCCAAGUGUCGCCGUUCCAAAGUCAGAUCGCAAAUUCCUGACCGGCCCACGGGGCCCUUAUCCCAUCGGAGUUUGGGUGUGUGACUGGCCGGCGGCCUAUGUGACUUCAGAAGUGGUUCACAUUUUGCUGGAAGAAAUUCUGGGAUUCCACGUGGUGCAGACAGGACCGGGGCCCAACACCGUUGAUGCUUUUUAUGCACUUGCCGGCUGUGCAAAUCCGCUGAACAUUCAGGACCGCGGCUGUUCCGCUACACCGGUGGCUACUACAAACCACAUCAAUGUAGAGGGCUGGACUGAGUCAUAUGCCCGCACAUGGGCACAGAUUGAGCGCGACUAUCCGCAGAAUGCGCCGAGAAACCUGGGCAAUAUGGGCUACUUUGGGAAGACUUCCAUGUUCUUGCCCAAGGGUAUCCAACUGGCUGCCUACAACCAAGAAGGUUUGAUUUUGGAGUUCUACCGUGGCUUCAACGUCUCCUGGACCGAGGUGGACAAGUAUUUUGAAUCACCCAGCAGCAUCAACAGAGACUGGUUGAAACCAUGUGUGGAGACCAGGCUGAUGAUUAGCGAGGCCAUGGAAGAGUAUGCGACUAUCACGGGUGACUGGGAGGGAGUGGAAAUCGUGACCAAUGAGAAUGGCAAGAGCGUAAGGAGGGGCACAUGUUGGGAUGAUUACUUCUGGUAUGCACCUGCCUGCCGAGACAAGCCUUCCAAGUGUGUGCCGUUCUUCACCGCUGGAAACGGUUGGAACUUGGAGGAAACCAUGCAGAAGGCCACCGCUUGGAACAUGCCCCUGGCACCGGCGGUGGCAAAGACUUGGGGCAACUUCACGCAGCUCCCACUGCAGAUCGAUAGCACCUUCUACUGGUGGGUCCCAGAUCCCACCUUCCUCUCGUUGGAUGCGGUGGAGAUCACCUUUCCACCCUUCGAUCGCACCGCCUUUCGACGGGGAGAUAUGCGCACCGAACCCAACCCUGGCACGCAGAAGAGCAAUCAGCGCAACGCAAAGCAGGCAACAAAGAAAAACACAGCAGGGAGACAACUGAAGCAGGGCAGGGGAAAGCGGGGGUGGGGAGGGAAGAGGGGGGAGAAAGAGGAGGAGAGAGAAGGAUGGGAAGGAGAACGGAGGGUGGUGUCCCAAGCUAUGCGUGAGGCAUCCAUGAGCCCACCGGGGGGAAAGAGGGAAGGUGCACCCAGCUAUACUGAAGUAUCCAGACCAAAGGACCUUCAAACUUUGGCCCCGGAAGCGCAUCAGUUGGUUCGGGACAUGGUCAUGGACUUGGAAACAGUGAAUGAUAUGCUUCGAGAUCAGAAAAAAACAGGUGACAGCAGUCGGGCUGUGGCAUGUCGCUGGCUUCAAGGGCACGAGGAUGUGUGGAAACCUUGGCUGCCCGAUCCCACCAAGUGCUUUAGCGGCUUUGGUCUCUAUCAUCCACCCAGCAACAGCUUCGUGAAGGACCGGCGAAAUCCCGUCAGUUUGGCUUGCAGUCCUUGCCCAUCAGGCACAUUCUCCUCCAAAUUGGUUGACGGCGCAGGGAUUACCUUUGUAUGCGAGCCCUGCCCAGCAGGCUCUAUACAAGCUUCAGGCGCGUCGGUUGAGUGCAUACCUUGCAAGGCAGGAGAGUACCAAGAUGAGAACGGCAGCAUUUUGUGCAAACGCUGUGGAAUGGGCGAAUACCAAGAUCAGACAGGUGCAACGGGAUGCAAGCCGUGUCCAACUGCGACGUCCACACAUGGACUUGGAUCAUUAUUUCUGGGAGAUUGUGGAUGCAAGCAAGGCAGCAUCAAUGUGGCGAAUGCAACGGUGGGCGUGGUGACGUGCGUUGCAUGUCCUGAGGGACUACGAUGUCCCUUGGGUUCCAGCCUGGAGUCUUUGAAGAUGGGCGACCAAAAAUUUGGAGAGGCCUUCACGCCCAGGAUUCUGGAGGGAUAUUUCAGCACCGAGGAGCAGCCCCUUGAAGUCUUCAAAUGCCAGACUUUGGAGCACUGUCCUGGUGGAGUUCCUGGGAGGUGUCCUGGACGUCGUGAAGGGAUUCCGUGCUCGGAGUGCCCUUCGGCGACGUCAUGGACCGGCAAGGAGUGCCGGCAGUGCUCGGGUGGCCUUGUGGUGGUUCCGAUACUGGCUGGCGGCGUCUUCUUUCUCGGCUUGAUUGCUGCUUACUAUGCAAUACCUCCACGCAUCACAGCAAAGGCAACACAAGGGGAAACCCUAUCAAUGUGUGCUGGGGUCGCUACAGGAUUGGUUCAAUGCCUGGCCAUCAUCGGUCUGACGUCAGUUAGGUGGCCUAAGGCCUUCGAAUCCAUUGCUACAAGUUCUUCUGUGGUCUUGUUGGACGUGGAGAUGUUUUCGAUUGCAUGCAUGGUGGGUGGGACAAAUUGGGGACGCUACAUCAUGAGCCUGGCAGUAUUUCCUCUGGGGCCUCUGUGGCUGCUGGUUUGCUUCACAUCUUCCAGGUGCUUCAAAAACUGCAUGUGUCCUGCACCCUGGACUUGGACUCGAUUGUUGAACACCAUGGGACACUUUCUGCAGGUGGGCUUUAGUGCUAUGAGCGCUUUAUCCUUGCAGCCACUGAUGUGUUAUCAGCAUCCCAACGGCCAACAUAGCUUGUUGAAACAUGCUGGCGUGUUCUGCAACACUGGGGAACACCUGGUGAUGUUGCUGAGCGGCAUCGGGUUACUGAGCUUCAUGGUGGUUACCUUCGUCGGCGUUUGUGCGUGGGGGGCAUGGCAUAUCCCGCGUUGGAGCCUCAUGCAUUCCGACCGGAUUUGGGCUUUUGCCUUCCUCAUCAGCCGCUUCCGCAUGGACCGCUGGUGGUAUGGCGUGCCGGUCUUGUUGCGGUUUCCCUUGCUGUCCCUUUGCCCCGUUCUCGCCACUGACUUCCCCCCCGCACAAGCCGCGAUGGUUGCGACUGUGCUGAUGGCAGGCCUGCUGCUGCACAUUUGCUUCUUGCCGUGGAAGGUGCCUGUGGUGAACUUGGUGGAUGGCUGCCUGCAGGCCAUGCUGCUGCUUCUGGUGGCCAUCACACCAGACAUAGAAUUUACCCAUGCCAUUGAAGAUUUUCAUCAAGGAAUUGCUUUGGUGAUCUUGUCGUGCAUGCUCUUUCUCUUCACCUCCUUGACAUUCUUGGUGGCUUUGGCAAAACUCUACCAAGUCGUCGAGCGAGCCAGUGGCCGGGCUGUCGCAUCGACACAGGAUUUCACCAUCUUGAACUUGGGCCGUCGGCAGAGCAGCAUGGAGAUUGCUGAGCUCAUCAAGAAGGUGUCUGCGGGACUUCUUGACCUUGAAGUUGCCAGUGCAAAGGAAGUGCUGGACCAAAUGCAUCCCGGUGAUGUCUCCCGGAUCAUCGACACCAUCCAACUGCUUCGCACGGAACUUUUGUCCCAGCGCAGCGAUGAUGUCCCGACAACAUCGAAAACGGCCAGUACUGGCAGGGUCUCACCCUGCAAGAGAGGGAGUGUUCUCGUGCCAUACGAAGCACCGAGUGAUGAGGAUCAAAAACAUACGGCGAAGGGCGAGGCUGUUCCUCGCUCAGCCGGGGCUUUUGCACAUGUAAUACGCCUGCUGCGUCGCCCGCAGCGCGUGCAGCCUGCUGGGCUGGGAGGUGGGGAAGGCGGCGCUGAGAUGAUGUGGCUCAAUGUGCCGGGCGUGGCAGGUUCGCGCGAAUGUGCCUGUUCAGCCUGUGGUGAAACUUUGGAGCAAGUGGCGAAAGUGGAGGCAGUGGAGAAAGAGGAGAAAGAGGAGAACGCGGAGAAAGAGGAGAAAGAGGAUAAUGCCGAGAAAGUAGAGAAAGAGGAGAAAGGGGAGAAAGAGGAGGUCGUUGAUGACCCAACGUGCGGGGAGCCCGUGACCAAUGCGGUGCUCAUGGAUUCACGGCGCGAUGCCCCGACUGCAAGUAACAGACGGACUCCGACUCUAGAGUAG